UCAUCCCAACCCCAUCCCAUCAUCCCAACCCCAUCUCAGCCCCGUCCCAUCCAUCCCAGCCCCAUUUUGACCCCCUCAUCUCUUGCAGCUCAGGGCUUGGUGAAUCACAAAGCAGCAGAUGAGGCCGUUGUGGGGCUGGAGGAGGACGCUGUGGGGUCAGAGGAACCCCCAAUGCUCCCGCCCCAUAACCCAGCACAGAACCGAUCGCUGGGAUCCAACAGGCGGAAAGCGAAGCGCCCCGACAAAGCCGUCCCUAUUGGGGACACGCAGACACCCCACACCACCCCGACCCCAAAACCCAAUGGGGUGAAGUUGUCCCAGGUUCGGGACCGUCCGUUCAGCUGCCCCGAUUGCGGCAAAUCCUUCCCGUGGGCGUCGCAUUUGGAGCGGCACCGGAGGGUCCAUACGGGUGAGCGGCCCUACAGCUGCCCCGAGUGCGGGGAAUCCUACAGCCAAAGCUCCCACCUCCUCCAGCACCGUCGGACCCACAGCAGCGACCGACCCCACAAAUGCCAGCACUGUGGCAAACGUUUCGCCGGUGCCACCGAACUCAUUGCGCACAGCCGGGGCCACGCGGCCGAAAAACCCCAUAAGUGCGGGGAUUGCGGGAAGGGUUUCGUUUGGGCGUCCCACCUGGAGAGGCACCGCCGGGUGCACACGGGGGAGAAACCCUACGAAUGUCCUGAGUGCGGUGAAGCCUUCAGCCAGGGGUCCCACCUCUCCAAACACCGCCGCAGCCAUACGGGAGAGCGGCCGCACCGCUGCUCCGCCUGCGGGAAAUGCUUCGGUCAAAGCUCCGAGCUCAGCCGGCACCGCCGGAGCCACGUCGGGAAGAAACCACAACGUUGUGCCGAUUGUGGGAAAGCUUUUCGUGCCACCUCGGCUCUGCUGAGGCAUCAACGGUGUCACCGGAGGGAGCGCAGCCAUCGCUGCGGGGAUUGCGGGAAGGGUUUUGCCUGGGCAUCCCACCUGCAGAGGCACCGGCGGGUGCACACCGGGGAACGGCCGUUCCCCUGCGGGCUGUGCGGGGAGAGCUUCUCGCAGAAAGCCCAUCUGCUGCAGCACGGCAAGACGCAUCGCCCCGAGCGGCCCUAUAAAUGCGGGGACUGCGGGAAGCGCUUCGAGGACGCACCGCCGUUCCUGGCACAUCGGCGAAGCCACACGGCCCUAAAAAGCUUCAGUUGCGGGGACUGCGGGAAGGGUUUCGCGUGGGCGUCCCACCUGGAGAGGCACCGCCGGGUGCACACGGGGGAGAAGCCCUACGAGUGCCCUGAGUGCGGGGAAGCCUUCAGCCAGGGGUCCCAUCUCACCAAGCACCGCCGCAGCCACGGCCCCAAAGUGGCUUUGGUCCUCGUGGAGGAAGGGGUUGAGGAGGGAGAGACCCUCCGUGAGGCCCCGCUGAGUUAUGGGGCCAAGGAGAGCCUGCGGCGGUGAUGGGAGCUCGGUGAUGGUGAGGUCAGUGGGGUGGGGUGGAGGAGGAGGGGGUGGGAUGGUGG